UCAGGAUGAUCGUGUCAGCACUGUUUUUGGGCGUGGUGGCGGCGGUGGGCGGGGCCAACGUGUUCCCCGAGCCACGCCUGGAGACGCUGCCCUGCGGAACGACCACCAUGAACCCCGGCGAGCGAGUGGCCAUCCAGUCGCCCAACUUCCCCCAAAACUACAACACGGACUACAGGUGCCAGUAUGAGAUCACCUGCAACCCCAUGGAGUCUACCUACCUGGAGUUCAUCUGUCCUGCCUUCGAACUGCAGUCCUCCACCGACUGCCUCAAUGACCGCCUGGUGGUAACUUACCAUGGCUCUCGCGAAGAGAAAUGCGGCACUGACAAUCCCGACGGAACCAUCACCUCCGACGGGUGGACGCGCCUCACCUUCUUCAGCAACGCCGACACCACCGCCCCUGGCUUCCGCUGCUACAUCUGGUGCCGCGAACAGACCACCACGACCUCCACCACCACUUCAACGACGACCACACCCACCACUACUACUACUCCAACUACCACUACAACACCUACCACCACAACUACCCCUACGACCACAACCACACCUACCACAACCACCACGCCUACCACAACCACCACACCCACCACUACCACGCCUACCACAACCACCACACCUACCACAACCACCACACCCACCACUACAACGCCUACCACAACCACCACGCCUACCACAACCACCACGCCUACCACAACCACCACACCUACCACAACCACCACACCUACCACAACCACCACACCUACCACAACCUCCACACCCACCACUACCACGCCUACUACAACCACACCCGCCACAACCACACCUACCACUCCAGUCUGCUAGAUUGAGAAGUAUGUACUACCUGCUCAUUCGCUUCAGCAGGCUAUUAACAUCGUCUAAGCAUAAAACAGGAAAAGCAUAAAACAGAGAAGGUCCAUAAGUUGAAUUGGAACACAUUAUGGUGACAUUCCCAAACCAUAAUGAGGCAAACACGGUUACUGCAGUGAUGGUUGGAAAGCUUAUUUCAGCAGACAGGUACUGAACUGGUUGAUGUACCACUACACAAUAAAUUCGCAUUCACCAUAAUA